GGAAUACUUCACGGAUUGUUACCGGUAAACAAUUAUGCUAGGUAUUAUUUCGAUCAAAAAUUUACCUAUCAUGAAAUAAUGUGUUAACUAUAAAAUCGUAUCGCUACCAUCAUUUGGAUCCUACCAACCAAUUUUGCCGAAAGCACUAUUUCCGCAACUUUCGCUAUACCUAUUGGGAAAAUGAUGAUUCAGUAUUGUGUUCCUUUGGAAAUCGGGUGAAAAAAUCAGUUGCACCUGAGAAGUGUAUUUUUGGUUUCCGAAUAGGAUCAUAGGAUGAUCUCUGAGUAUAUACGAGAGGACACUGUUAAAGAUUCCUUUGGAGAUUGUGCUAUUUUGUUCUUUUCAUUCCUUUUCGAAUAUACCCACAAAACCGCACUUUUUUACGGAUUCUGUGAUUUUGAAGGAAUUUCACAAAAUAAUACGACAACUACAGUCACAACUCCAAGUCAGGAUAACCAGCCCAAUUCUUCAUAUAGAGCUCUAG